UAGAAGCCGUUAGUAGCUGUGUAGUUCUGACGUCUGGUUGCAUCAGCUUGGCUGUAGCUGUUUUAUUUAGCAUGAAAUAAAGUAGAUUAAUUUAAUUUAGUUCAAAAUGAUUAAUUCAUUUAAUUUCAACUUAUUAUUUAUUGCUCUUUUGCAAAUAUGUGCUGUUCAUUGUUUAAGAGAGGAUUAUGAGCAAUUUCAGAGUGCUCCGGUAGUGACGGUGCAGGAAGGCCGUCUUCGAGGCACCACGUACAAUCUCGUGGACAGGUCCACUUGCUAUGCUUUCAGAGGAAUCCCGUACGCGCGACCGCCAGUUGGAGAUUUACGAUUUAAGGCCCCGUUACCACCUUUACCAUGGAACGGUGUACGCGAUGCCCGAAAUUUCGGUGACAUUUGCGUUCAAUACAAUUCGACGUAUCAGGGAUCUGAAGAUUGCUUAUUCCUGAACAUCUACACCAAGUCCCUGCGUAGACAUGCAAAGCACUCGGUGAUGGUGUAUAUUCAUGGAGGGUCUUAUUAUGAGGGAUCGGGAGAUUUCUUUUUACCCGACUUCCUAAUGCUACACGAGAAUAUUAUAUUAAUUACAUUGAAUUACAGACUUGAUAUACCAGGUUUUCUAUCCUUAGACACGCCUGAGGUGCCAGGAAAUGCUGGAAUGAAAGACCAAGUAGCUGCAUUACGUUGGAUUCAGAACAAUAUAGCUCAAUUCGGUGGUGAUCCAAACAGCGUGACGAUUUUCGGUGAAAGUUCCGGGGCAUCUUCCGUAACUUACCACAUGUUUUCUAAGAUGUCGACAGGUCUUUUCCACAAAGUUAUAGCACAAAGUGGAGUAUGCACCCACGACUGGGCGAUAGGAAGGGAUUCAAAGGCGAGAGCAUUCCGAGCAGGAAAGCUUUUAGGUAUCGAAACUGACAAUGUCGACGAACUCCUGCAAUAUUUCAGAGGAUUAGAUGCCAAUGCUCUUACGAAUCUAACUUUCGCGACGUUGACGCCCGAUGAAAUGUACAGAGGUUUGCCAGAACAAUUCAUUCCGGUUGUAGAAAAGAAGUUCCCUGGCGUCGAGGCGUUUAUUGAUGAAAACCCGGUAAACAUGUUGGUUGAGGGUAAGAUAAACAGAGUGCCGUUACUGGUUGGAUACAAUUCUGGGGAAGGGUUAGUUAUUUUGAAUGAUCAUCUCACUAAAUUGGAUAUCUACAAUAGAGAACCUUCGUAUUAUGUGCAGAGAGAAGUUAAAGAAAAGAUUUCCCAAGAACAGUUGAUCGAUUUUGGUGAUAGAAUAAAGAGAUUCUACGUUGGAAAUAGAAACAUAACUCAAGAUGACAAAAACAUAAUAGUUGACAUGCUAACAGACAUGCAUUUCUCGUACAAUACGCAUAGAUUUGUCCAUUUGUAUACAAAAUUAGGUGAAAAGGCGUAUUUAUAUUGGUUUAAUCUGGUGACUGAUUUGAAUAUCAUCAAAAUUGCAUUAGGGCUUACCGAUUUGAAGGGAGUGAGUCACGCUGAUGAACUUUGGUACCUGUUUUACAACUACUUGAACGAGAAUUCGUACGCAGAACAGUCAAGGUUGAGAGAUAUCGUGUUUAGAGUAACGAAGUUAUGGACUAACUUCGCCAAAACUGGUCGUCCAACGCCUGACAACAGUUUGGGAGCAAUAUGGCAGCCGUACACGACGAAAGGCAAGGAGUACUACAAAAUAGACGAGCCGUUCGCUCUGGGUCACCGACUGGACAAGAAGAGGGUCAAGUUCUGGGACAAGAUGUACGCUGAAGCGGGACUUCCGCAUAUAUAUAGCAAAUGAAAACUUUUCUAUUUUAUUGAAAUUAUUAUGUGUUACCUGUUAACAUGAUACCUAUUAAAUAAUUAUCUAUUCUA